AUACAUAUAUUCCCAUACAAUAAUUAAUUAAUUAAUAUAUACUCAUCAUGAUGCUAACAACUUCAUAGCUAGAGCCCCUGCCUCAUCAACUAUAAAUACCAACUCCGAUCCUCUGCUUCUCAUUCAACACAUACAUACUUCUUCAAAUAAAAAUGGCUCUCUCUAAGCUUCUACUUGCUUCCCUUCUUGCUUCUCUUCUCAUCAUUCAACUUGUUCAUGCCGAUCACCAGGCAUACCAACAAACGCAGGGUUCUCUUCAGCAGAUAGACUGUAGCGGAGCAUGUGCUGCAAGGUGUCGGUUAUCAUCUCGUCCAAACCUCUGCCGCAGAGCCUGUGGAACUUGCUGCCAGCGUUGUAACUGCGUGCCGCCGGGCACCGCCGGCAACCAGGAAGUGUGUCCUUGCUAUGCUAGCUUGACCACUCACGGUGGCAGGCGCAAGUGCCCUUAAUUCCAACCAAUUACUUAAAGGUAAAAACUCAGGUGCAGUUGACUUCACGUGAAGUUGAUAGCUAAGAAUCGUUAGAUGAAAAUUUAGUCCAAUCAAUCAAAUUAUCUAACGACUCUCAGUUAUCAAUUUCACAUAUUUCACGUAAAGUUGACUGUAUCUAAGUUUUCACCUUACUUAAAUCCAUGCAUGUGUAUAUUACUCCAUCACCACGCUCUCAAUAAACUUAUGGAAGAAUAAUAAUUAUUUACUCGUUUUUUUUGUUCAAUCCUUGUUGAAUCAAUAAUCAUUAUUGUGCGAAUUUGGUGGUUUCGUUUUCUUUUUAUUUUGUUUAUAUAUGUACCUUAAUUUGCUGUACGGUUGUAUCAAUUAUGUUAUUAAUAAAAGAGUUUACUAUUUCAUGUU